GCUAGCGAGCUAGCCGCAUAACACUCACUGGUCACGUCAAAACCAAGCCAACCAUCCGUUUUUUCAGAUAUCCAGCAUGGAUUUAAGUAAUAUCUUGUCGCAGCUCGAAACUGCCAACGAGGAGGAAAUCGAGAAGCUUCUUCAGCAGUUCAAUCGGGAGAACAGUAAGACCUUCGCUUUUGACCAAAAGGAAGAAACCCUGCGGAGUAAGCUGUGUCAGAGUGUGUUGACAGUACUUGGGAGGCAAGUGCAGCCCAGCUGUCAGAAGACAUGCCUGGAGACCCUCCGCAUCCUGUCCAGAGACAAGCGUGUCCUCGCACCUGUAGCCACCAGGGAGGGCAUGCUGAUCCUGGGAGGGAUGGCGAGGCUGCGUGCUGGAGAGGAGGAAGGAGGUGACAGGCAGAUAAGCUCUCAGGAAGAAACCCAGUCAGAGGAGGAGGAGAGGGUGGUGGUGGAGGCCUUGAAGUGCCUAUGCAAUGUGGUGUUCAACAGUCCUGCAGCUCAGCAGGUUAGUGUGGACGUGCAGCUGGCGCACGGCUUGUGUGCCAGCCUGCGUACCGCGCGCACAUGGCACCACGAGAUGGGCCUGUUCUCCCUACGCCUUCUCUUCCUGCUGUCUGCCCUGAGAUCUGAUGUGAGAGGGGUUUUGAGGAGAGAAUGGCAUGCUGUGAGACUGCUGUCAGAUGUGCUGGAGCACACCCUGGAUGUGCGCUGGGUUGGUCCCUAUGAAGCUGCCCGUCCAGAUCCACAGGCCCUGCCCAUGCCUGCAGAGGACAAUGAGAGAGCAAUGGAAGCCCUCAAAGCCUUGUUCAACCUCACACUGUCUUACAUUGGUGGUGAGGAGGAUGACCACCAGUUCCGACUCAUCGCUGCCAUCCUGCGUCAUCUGUUGAUGCUGAGGACUGAGACUGAGGAGAAAACAGAGGAAGCACACAGCCAUGCCAUCAACCUGCUGAAUAACCUGCCUGUGUCCUGCCUGGACGUGCUCAUCGACCUUCCUGUCCAGGGAGGACAAGAGAAAUAUUGUGGGAAAAACAUGGAUGUGGUCCAGGUGUUACUAGACUUCAUGGAGAAAAGGAUCGACAAGCAGGGCUCCAACUACAAAGAGGGUUUGACUCCGGUGCUCAACCUUUUGACAGAAGGAUCCAGACACCACAGGGAGAUCCGCAGAUAUAUCAAAGCUCAGGUACUUCCCCCACUGAAAGAUGUGAAGAUCAGGCCAGAGAUCGGCACCACCAUCAGAAACAAGUUGGUUCGCCUUAUGACACACGUUGACAUGGGAGUGAAGCAGACGGCUGCAGAGUUUCUCUUUGUCCUCUGCAAAGAAAGCGUCGACAACCUGUUGAAGUACACAGGAUAUGGAAACGCAGCAGGACUCCUGGUGGCUCGAGGACUUCUGGCAGGAGGAAGAGGAGAGACUCAGUACUCUGAAGAUGAAGACUCAGACACAGAGGAAUACAAAUCUGCAAAACCCUUCAUCAACCCCAUCACGGGUCACGUGGAGGAGCCACUGCCGAACCCCAUUGAAGAGAUGACAGAGGAGCAGAAGGAGUACGAAGCCCAGAAACUCGUCAAUAUGUUUGACAAGUUGUCGAGGCAGAACGUGAUCCGGCCAAUGGGGGUCAGGCCUGACGGGACGUUAGCACCUCUUGAGGAAACUCUCUGUGACCCACGUGAGGACAACUCAGGAUCAGACUCUGACUAGUGCGCUGCACACCUAGGCCACAAGUUCCAGGCUAAGCUAAAGGCCCAACACAUCUAAAGCUAUGUCCCAUUUCAAGGUCUGGAUCCGUGGAGGUGGGUCCUUCUAAAUGAGAUAGUUUACUGUUACAUACAGAGUGUGGAGCAGAACUCAGUCAGAAGAUCUACAUCAGAGUUUCCGUUAGUCCACGUGUCCUAAUAAAUUCAUAAUUAGUUAGAUGUGAAAACAUCUGGAGAGGAGUGAGAGAGAGAGACAGCGGACAUCAGAGAAGCAGCAGGGAAACCAGCUUGUAGAAGAAUAGUUUGAUAUCUAACAACAGAAUUAUUUUCACCGGACAUUGUGAGCAGAGAGAUUUAAAUAUGUCAGACUUCAACACAUUUUCCUGAUAAAAUAAAAAUAUCUCCCAAUAAAUCACACUCUAACUUAAGUGGAUUGUCUCGUUUAAGUGAUACAUUUACCAGUGACAGGUGACCACUUGAACACAAAUACAAAAUCUGGUAAAUAUGACGAGCAACAAUGCACAUUUUUACUUGUUGAGAAGGAUCACCUGACCAAAUCGUUUAACCGUUCACCAGUUUGCAAAGGAUUGUGGCAUAGAGAGGGCCGCGCUGAAUCCACUGGUCGUCUCUAAGAAGAAAACAGGAAAGCGUCCUUUCUUAGCCUUAGUCACAGUUUCCUUUGAAGUGGGAUAUAGUCAGUGUAGAAAUGUGGUUCUGACGAUCCAGCCCUGAACUGGGACACAGCUCGACGUGUCACUGGAAGCUCUCAAGGCGCCGUCGCAGCCAUUCUCCAAAGCUGAUGUGUGGCAGAAAGACUUUGCAGUGGCAUCAUAAUGCAUAAGAGGCCUCCGUGGUUACUGUUGCACCUUCAUCAUUUAUUUUAUUGCUCCCUUAAUUGAGAGAAUAGAGGUAAUAAUAUAAUUUUUGCUGGAUCGUGUGUGUCUCACUGAAAGAACUGUUGUUUUGUUAAAAGUGAAAUCGUGGCUGAAUAAUCAUUCCUUCACCUGUGCUUUUGUUUUUCACUUUUUUUUUUUUUUUUUUACUUUGUCUUAUUUUUUAUUGCUCCCUGAUGAAUUUGUCCACUCUUACUACAUGAUUCAAGUGCACAUUAUACACAAACAUUUAAACAUGAAAUCAUUGAAAACAGUGAACGUGGUUCUUGGUUUAAAAUCAUGGGGCCUGUCCAGGAUUGAUGUAUAUUUAGAAAUCAGGCAGCGUCAGUGUGGGUAGUUUUAAGUGGCUGCUCACAGUGAGUCUACAUGUGGUUGUGUAAUUAUCAUGAAUGUUGCACACCAGUUAGUCGCCAAGGAAACCCUUAAUUCAGGGCUCGUUGGCCUACUGUUUUGGAUAAGAAAAUGACUUCAUUUAAAAUGUACCACACCUGUGGUGGAUGAUGUUAAACAGAUUGUUUCUGCCUCUUGUGGACUCUUGACAAAGAAAUCUGUAAACUGCAAUGAUUGUUUUUUUAAUUUAAACUACUUCUGCCAAACCUGCAUGACGUUAAAAUCAGUUCUCAGUGAUGUAAUCUUUUUUUUUUAGAUUUAAUUUUUUGCUAAUUUUAUAUAAAUCGACAAUCUUAGUGUUUGUAUAAACUGAAUGGCAUUGCUUAUGUUGAUGAAUAACAACAUUAAAUAUUGCUUUAGGUUGAUACAGAUUUGGCCCUUAAACUGAAAGCCUGCUCUGGAUGACUGCUAACAUUUAUCCAGAGAAAGUGGAAAUUGCUUUGACUAGAGAACAUGUGUCUUUACUACAGCAAUUGGUGACAUUCACUUGUUUAAUAGUGAAUAAUCAUGAGCACACUUUUCACCAGACCUGUGAGUCACCACUACUGCCUGCUCACACACAGAGUAAUUCAGAUUAGAAUAAAAAGAAUAUAUAAAUCAUCUGGACUUUGCUUCACACAGGGACGAAAGAGGUGACUCGACAUUGACUCACCUUCUUGAAUCAUUUUCAGACAUACAGAUGUGUCAUAAAUUUAAGGGAAAAGCAACAUUAAGUGUCUUAGUGAGGUGUUGGGUCACCACAAGCCUCAAAAACAACUUCCGUGCUCCUUGUCCAAAAAGUUUAAACAUUCACACUUAUCAAAAGAAUUCAGUGGCCGUUUGUUUCUCCACUCCUUCAGGUUUUUCCCUUUAAUUUGUCUUUAAUCUGUAGAUCACUGUAUUUCUUUUGUCAUAGUGGGAUGAAUCUAAAUUGCAUGUUGAUCACUUCUCCGUGUAGGAAGAAUAUGUUAUGGGAACUGUUUUGUUCUUUUUGCACAUUCUUUACGUACUGUAAAUAGCAACACUGUUCUUUUAUGUAGUGAAGCUUCCACUGAAAUGUUAAUAAACUGGAAAAUAUGAAUAGUUUUCUUUUUUUUAACCAUGCUACAUAAACUCUAAAAAAGAACAGUAAAGAUGCAAAAUACACAAUACUUUUAUUAAAUAUUGCUUAAAAUACAGUGUUGUGCUGAUAUAAAA